CGGGGGGUGGGAGAAGCCGCCUUCGCGACGUCGCGGCUGCCGCCUCCGCUCGCCUCCGGCCAUGGAGGAGCCGCCGCUCCAGCAGCCGCUGCCGCCCGGGGAAGACGAGGAGGAAGGGGAGGAGGAGGAGGAGGAAGAGGAAGAGGAGGCGGACGCGGAGUGGAGCUUCGUUGACCGCGAGAUGGAGGCGGUGGCGCUCCGCGAUUUGCCCACCGCCACCAUCGCCUGCAACCUGGACCCGCGCGUCUUCCAGGACGGCCCGUGCCGGGCCAAGUUUGAGUCCCUGUUCCGCCCCUAUGACAGGGACCUCACCUUCCAGUAUUUUAAGAGCUUCAAAAGAGUGAGAAUAAACUUCAGCAACCCUUUGUCUGCAGCAGAUGCCAGGAUCCAGCUGGACAAGACAGAAUUCCUUGGAAAAGAGCUCAGACUCUAUUUUGCUCAGACUUUGCACAUCGGGAGCUCCCACCUGGCCCCCCCAAACCCAGACAAGCAGUUCCUGAUCUCCCCUCCUGCCUCUCCUCCUGUGGACUGGAAGCAAGUGGAGGAUGCCACUCCAGUCAUUAACUACGACCUUCUAUAUGCAAUCUCCAAGCUAGGACCAGGGGACAAGUACGAGCUGCACGCUGCCACAGCCACCACCCCCAGCGUGGUUGUCCACGUGUGUGAGAGCGACCAGGAGGGCGAGGCCGAGGAGGAGCCCAAAAAACCCAAACCCAAAAUCAUCCAGACCCGUCGGCCCGACUACAGCCCCGCCUCGCUGAGCUGAGCC